AUGCUUUUCGUCAUUGAGCUCUGCACCUCUCGAUGUUCAGACUUCGACGGUGUGGCCAAAGACCAUUCCCCAGAGGAAAGCUGCAGCCUCAUCAGCCGGACUUUCUUUCUGUGGAUUAAUCCCAUCCUUCUUCAGGGAUACAAGAGCAUUCUCAGCCACGAAGAUGUGCCACCACUGCGCCAAGAUAUGAGCCCAGCAAAAACACGGCAUUCGAUGCUAGAAACAUGGUCUCAGCGAAUCAAACUGGAAACAAAGCGGACCCUGCCAAUGGCUCUCUACCAAUGUCUCAAAGGACCCUUUCUUGCAGCUAUUCUUCCGCGACUAUUCCUUCUUGUCUUUCGAUACUCUCAACCGAUCCUGAUAAAAGAGUCUAUCAGAUACGUUGCUUCGGGCCCUACCAUCGCUGCCAGUGGGCGUGGCGCUGGACUCAUUGUGUCUGCGGUCGCCAUCUAUAGUGGUCUAGCUAUCUCGACCGCCAUAUACCGACACCGGAUCAACCGACUGAAGCUCAUGACGAACAGUGCGCUGGUGGGUCUGAUCCACGACAGAACCAUGAAGUCGCCCAGCAUCGCGUACAACAACGGCGAGGCGACCACGCUCAUGAGCACUGACGCAGACAGUCUCGAUGGCAUUGCAGAGAUGGUCCAUGAAACAUGGGCUCAGGUUGUCGAGGUGAUGAUCGGGAUAGGGCUUCUGGCCAGCCAGGUCGGCUGGAUCUGGCCCCUUCCCCUUAUCUUCAUAUACCUCUGUUCGCACAUUAGCCGAUUCGUCGCAAAGCACCUGCAACCGCGGCAGAAGGCCUGGAAUUCAGCUACGCAGCAACGGAUAGGUGCUACCGGCUCUCUACUGAGUGCGAUGAAAGGAGUAAAGAUGCUUGGCAUCCAACAAAAUCUCACCGAUCGCAUUCAGGACUUGCGAGAGGAAGAACUACUGGCUGCCUCCAAACUGAGAUGGGUUAUGGAGGCCAAUGGGCCAACAGCCAAUGCGCUCGGGAUCUUCUCUCCAGCGAUCACCGUGGUGAUCUAUGCUCUCAUCGCGGUCGCUCGCGGGAGCACUCUGGACACUGAGACGGCAUUUACCACCAUGGCUAUCUUGAGCAUGGUCACGCAUCCAGCCAAUAUGGUGAUGACGAUCGUCCCGCGUGCGGUGGCUGCAUUCGCUGGCUUUGAAAGAAUUCAAGCCUUUCUACUGCGCGAAGACCUACCUACUAAUCGUGCGGUAUUAGCUGAAGACAACCCUGACAUGUCCUUGGGGAAUGAGGCAACUGGCGAGAUAGCACAGGCAGCCUCUGCUAUCCGAAUCACUCAACUACGCAUCGGAAAUGAGCAACCUGUAUUGGCGAACAUAGACCUCAACAUAGCCAAGAGGUCAUUCGUUAUCAUAUCCGGUGCGACUGGGAGUGGCAAGACGAGCCUCCUGCGCGCUAUCCUGGGGGAAUUGGUCCCUGCUCAUGGAUCAGUCAGUGUGUUCACAUGGCAGAUAGCUUAUUGUGCGCAGAAGCCGUGGCUACCCAACGAGACUAUCAGGAAGGUAAUCUUCGGCGCUACCGAGGUCAGGACCCCAGAUAGUGAGAAGUGGUAUCAUGAGGUCACAGAGAUGUGCUGUCUCACCCAUGACUUCGACUCCCUUCCUGAUGGAGAUCAGACCAUGUGUGGCAGUGGCGGACUUAAUCUGUCCGGUGGACAGAGACAGCGAGCCCUUGCACGCGCACUUUUUGCCAGAUGCGAUCUACUUCUCUUAGACGACACUUUCAGCGGCCUGGACGGGGAGACGGAGCAAAAGGUGUUUAAUAACAUCUUUGGACCAGACGGACUUCUCAGGACAUCGAAUGGAACUGCUGUUCUUGUCUCAAACUCAGCUCAAUAUUUCCGAUCUGCAGAUCAUAUCGUGGUUCUCGGUGAGCAUCAGAUCCUAGACCAGGGACGCUGGGAGAAUCUGAAGAUCAAAGCUGCAUCCAUCGAGAAGUUUCCAGGCACUCAACACACGCAAAACAAUGCUGUCCUGGCUGCGAAUUUCGAGAAGCUUGGCGCUCAACUGCGAGCCAAAGCCGAGACGGAGUUGGAUCUUGCGAGACAGACUGGUGACCCAGCUCUUUAUGCAUACUAUCUAGGAUUCAUCGAUGCCAUCAACCUCGCUCUGUUGAUUGCCACGAGCGCAUCGUACAGCAUCUUCAUCACCAUCCCGCAGUACUGGCUGCGAUUGUGGACCGAGUUCAAUGGCAGAAAUACCACAUUCUAUGUGUGUGGAUUUCUGUUUCUGUCGACUAUGUCGUGGAUGUCGACUAGUGUCAUGAUGGGGUACGUCUAUCUUUGCUUCGAAAACGUUGUUCCAGUGCUGAUAAUCAAAAGAAUUCUUGUGAUUCGGAUCGCACCACAGUCAGGGAAACGGCUGCAUCAGCGUCUUCUGGAUAUAGUCGCAAACGCACCUUUGUCCUACUUCUCCAAUACAGACAAUGGUUCAACCUUGAACAGAUUCAGCCAAGACCUCCAGCUCAUCGACAAGCAACUUCCCACAUCCUUCCAGACUGUCAUGACGCAGAUAUUCAAACUCCUAAUGCAAAUCACCCUCCUCUGCAUCGCCGACAAUUGGCUCGCGGUAUCCCUACCAGCGUGCGGGCUUGUUGUCUACUUCGUACAGAAAGUCUACCUCCGGACCUCACGACAACUCCGCUUGUUAGAGCUGGAAUCGCGCGCGGGCGUCUUCUCCAGCUUUCUGGAAUCAAUCGACGGGCUCGAAACCAUCCGCGCGUACGGCUGGUCCGACGCCGCCAUCCAGGAGAACAUCCAGCGCGUGGACCACGCGCAGCGGCCGGAAUACCUCCUCCUGUGUCUGCGGCGAUGGCUGAGUCUUGUUUUGGAUCUUCUGGCUGCUGCCCUGGCCACGAUCGUCGUGGCUACGGCGGUUGCAUUGCGCAGACAAGUGAGCGGCGCGCAGAUCGGCAUCGCACUGAACGUGAUGCUCGUGACGAACACCACGCUGCUCAGUCUCGUGGUCAGCUGGACCAGCCUGGAGACCUCCCUAGGCGCGAUCGCGAGGUUGAAAACGCUGGAGGAGUUCACGCCGACCGAGGGCGGGAAGGCGGGGGGGCUGGAUCCUCCGGGCCACUGGCCUUCCAAGGGAGAGCUACAAUUCGACAAUGUCACUGCGUCGUAUCAUGCGCAACCCAACGCGUUCGCGCUCCGGAACCUAAGUCUGAGGAUUCCCGCCGGCCAGAAGCUCGUUAGCACAUUGCUCCUCACCCUCCUGCGCCUCCUGGAACUUCAAUCCGGCACCAUCAAGCUCGACGGUCUCGACAUAAAACAGGUGCGACUCGAUCUCCUCCGUCAGCGCGCCUUUAUCGCCGUCUCACAGGACGCCCUUCUCUUCCCCCAAGAGACACUGCGCUUCAACCUCGACCCCGACUCCGCCGCAUCAGACGAGAUGAUUGCUCUUGCGUUGGGAAAAGCGGGCCUUCAGAAACAUUUUUCCGCUGUCGAGGCGCGCGGCGCAGACGAUUCGUUGGCAACUGUCAUCGACAUCUUGGAAGAUAGCAGUGAACACACCGUGCUGGACAGGAAGGUCUCAUCAUUCUCGGAGCUUUCCGUUGGACAGUGCCAGCUGUUCGCGCUGUGCCGCGCGCUGAUCAAGGCGCGGGUGCUGCGGGGACGUGGUGUCAGACCUGUGGUUGUGCUGGAUGAGGUCACUUCGGCGCUUGAUGCGGAGACGGAGGCGACGAUUCAGGGGAUCAUCGACGAGGAGUUUACCCAGAUGGGGCAUACUGUUAUCGUGGUGGCGCAUAGAGUUGGGGGGUUAGUGGAGCAACUCAUCCCGGGGAGAGAUGCUGUUGCCGUCAUGGCGGAUGGCAGAUUACUGGAUGUUGCGGAGGAUUUUGCAUCGAAUGGUGUCUCGCCGAUUGGACAGGUGGAGUAA